AUGGCGAGUGCCACCCAGGUGUUUGUCAUUGUCACUAUGAGGGAGGCUGUGGAUAUGGACGCCAAAGCACAGAGCAGCAUUUAUGAAGCAGUACAAGGUCAUUCAGCUUCCGGCGGUCGGAGACGCACGGCCGCAGCUACAUCGCCACGCCGCCGCGCAGACCCUCCAUCUUCCUGUUCAGCCUCCUGGCCCGCUUGCGCCUGCCUUGGGGGCCUGGCUUCUCUCUGGGGCUCCUGCCCGCCCCUACGCCCUGGCCCUCCGCGGCUCCCCUGCUCGGUUCCCUCCCCCCCACCCCACCCCCGGCACAUACGCUGACACGCGCGCGCGAACACUCACACACACACACUCACACACACUGACACGCCAGCGAGCUGCUGGCCGCUCAAUGGACCGCUUUCCCCGCUUUUCCUGAUCCCAACACAGCCCGGGAUGAGAAAUUGCAAAAUGGCCCGGGUCGCCAGUGUGCUGGGGUUGGUUAUGCUCAGCGUCGCCCUGCUGAUUUUAUCGCUCAUCAGCUACGUGUCCCUGAAAAAGGAGAACAUCUUCACCACUCCCAAGUAUGCCAACCCGGGGGCGCCCCGAAUGUACAUGUUCCACGCGGGAUUCCGGUCACAGUUUGCGCUGAAGCUUCUAGAUCCGUCAUUUGUGCCCUUUCCGCAUUCUCUGACUCAUGAACUCCAAGCCAGACCUAAGUGGACAUUUAAUCGGACAGCGUUUUUACAUCAAAGGCAAGAAAUUCUUCAGCAUGUCGAUGUAAUAAAAAAUUUUUCUUUGACCAAGAAUAGUGUUCGGAUUGGACAACUGAUGCACUAUGAUUAUUCCAGCCAUAAAUAUGUUUUCUCUAUUAGCAAUAACUUCCGAUCGCUGCUUCCAGAUGUGUCACCCAUUGUGAAUAAGCAUUAUAAUAUUUGUGCUGUGGUUGGAAAUAGUGGGAUCCUGACAGGGAGCCGGUGUGGACAACAAAUAGAUAAGUCAGAUUUUGUUUUCCGUUGCAAUUUUGCCCCUACGGAGGCUUUCCAAAGAGAUGUUGGAAGGAAAACCAACCUUACCACCUUCAACCCCAGCAUCCUGGAAAAAUAUUACAACAAUCUUUUGACCAUUCAGGACCGUAACAACUUUUUUCUCAGUUUAAAAAAGCUCGAUGGGGCCAUUCUUUGGAUCCCUGCAUUUUUCUUCCACACUUCAGCAACUGUUACCAGGACACUAGUUGACUUUUUUGUUGAACACAGAGGUCAGUUAAAGGUCCAACUGGCUUGGCCGGGAAAUAUAAUGCAACAUGUCAACAGGUACUGGAAAAACAAACAUUUGUCACCCAAACGGCUGAGCACAGGUAUUCUUAUGUACACCCUUGCGUCAGCAAUAUGUGAAGAGAUCCACUUGUAUGGAUUUUGGCCUUUUGGAUUUGACCCCAACACAAGGGAAGAUCUUCCAUACCAUUACUAUGACAAAAAAGGAACCAAAUUUACUACCAAGUGGCAGGAGUCCCACCAGCUGCCUGCUGAGUUUCAGCUGUUGUACCGAAUGCACGGGGAAGGGCUCACCAAGCUGACUCUGUCACGCUGUGCCUAA